CACUCGCAGAAAUUAGGCAAAACGUACAUUUGCCAUUACAAAGGUAACUAUUAAAACUCGGAAAAAACAAAAAAAAGUUUACAGAAAUGGCGAUGGCCGGUUUUUAUAGACGAGUCCUUCCUUCUCCUCCUGCAGUUGAUUUCGCAUCCUCGGAAGGAAAGCAACUUUUCUUGGAGGCUAUUCAAGGUGGAACAAUGGAAGGUUUUUACAGGUUGAUUUCUUUCUUUCAGACUCAAUCAGAACCGGCAUAUUGUGGAUUGGCCAGCCUUUCCAUGGUCUUGUAUGCCCUUGCCAUUUACCCUGGAAGAAAAUGGAAGGGACCUUGGAGGUGGUUUGAUGAAUCUAUGUUAGACUGUUGCGAACCUCUGAAAAAGGUUAAAGAGAAAGGCAUCUCAUUUGGGAAACUUAUUUGUUUGGCUCACUGCGCUGGUGCAAAAGUUGAAGCUUUCUGCACAAAUCAAAGCACUAUUGAUGAUUUCCGAAAGUAUUUAAUAAGAUGCUCUUCUUCUGAUGAUUGUCAUCUGAUCUCAUCUUACCAUAGAGGGAUUUUUAAACAGACGGGAACAGGUCAUUUUUCACCUAUUGGUGGUUAUCAUGCCGGAAGGGACAUGGCACUGAUUUUAGAUGUUGCACGUUUUAAGUAUCCUCCACACUGGGUUCCACUUUCACUUCUUUGGGAAGCCAUGGAUAGCAUUGAUAUUGAAACUGGACAAUGCAGAGGGUUCAUGCUCAUAUCUACACCUCAUAGAGAGCCGGGACUUCUCUACACACUGAGUUGUAAACAUGAGAGUUGGGUUGAUACUGCAAGGUGUUUAAUGGAAGAUGUUCCUAAUCUUGUGAAGUCAAAGGACUUUAAGGAUAUUGAUAGUGUUCUCUCUGUUGUAUUCGCAUCACUGCCAUCAAAUUUUGGAGAGUUUAUCAAGUGGGUUGCAGAAGUUCGGAGACAAGAGGAUGGUGAUAACAGUCUAAGCCAAGAGGAAAAAGGAAGGCUUGCUGUUAAGGAAGAAGUGCUAAAACAAGUGCAAAAAACCAGUCUUUUUAAACACGUUGCGGCAUUUUUAUCUACAGUAAAUUCUUGUUGCAGAAACAUGCCAUCUUUAGGUCAUAAAGAUGAUCUGCCUGAUGUUGCUGCUAUAAUGUGUUGCCAAGGGGCAGAAAUUUUGGCAGGAAAGUUUGGUUCCUCGGAAAGUUUUUGUUGUUGGGAAACCUGUGUGCAAUGCUUGAAGACAGAUGGUGAUAAGCCCAUUCUUGUGGUGUCGGUGACUGUUGCAGAUGGUAGCAGUCAACAAGGGUUUGAUGUGCUGGUUCCUUCAAUCCAAAUGGAAGACCGUGGCUGUAGCUCAAGUAAUUGUAUUAGGAUGUACCCUGCUGGAAAUGAUAUUUUGACAGUUCUCUUGCUCGCCUUGCCUACAGAGACAUGGUCUGGUAUAAAGGAUGAGAAGCUUUCACAAGAAAUUCAUAACCUUGUUUCAACAGAAAAUCUUCCAACUUUUCUUCAAGAAGAGGUUUUGCAUCUGCGGAGGCAGCUCCACCUUCUCAAGAGAUGCCAAGAGAAUAAGGUAGAUGAAGAUCUUGCUGCACCUCACAUGUAGCUCCUUCCUUAUCUAUGUAAAUUCUUUUAAUGGGUACUUCUAUGUUGUAUUCAAAGAACAGAUUCUAUCUUGUCCUCUGAAUGUAUAUAAUUUCACAAAUGCAUUGGACAAAGCCACUCUUCUUUCUAGAUUAUAUUCUGGGAAGCAAAUGGUGUAUCUCCAGGAUUGAAAUGUCUUUAUCAAGGAGCAAAAAGCGUUUUCCAGAGAUCUAAACCUGACUAUGAAUAGUUAAGAGGUAUCCG